CCUGGAGCUCCUGAUAGAGUUUUUCCAAAAGGCACCCACAGAGAGGUACUCUGUAGGCAUCCAACUGGAUCACGCGUCACUUCCCCCGCAUUCCAUAGAAGUGCGCUGUCCAGACUGACUUUGUCUUUCGAUCUCUCUGCACAGAUCUUUCGUUCCCCCAUCGUGAGAUCUGAACCAUGGCACUGAUUCUGCUUGACUACGUUUUCGUUCUUGUUCUUCUUUUCUUGGUUUACUCGUUUUGGCGCCGCCGCAACUCGGAUCUGCCUCUCCCUCCAGGUCCUCGUGGACUGCCCGUGCUCGGAAACGCCCUGCAGAUUCCGCAGGAGCGACCUUGGCUUGUAUACGCCGAAUGGGCAAAACAGUACGGUAGUCUGACCCACCUGACGGCCUUCGGAACCCACCUCAUCAUCAUCAACGACCGUAAGACCGCGCAUGACCUACUCGACAGGCGUAAUGCGAUCUACAACGGGCGUGUGCACAUGACAUUCGCAGGGGAGAUCGUCGGGUGGGAGAAGAGCGUCGCCAUGCUUCAAGGGCCGCGACAUAUCCAGACACGCAGGAUGGGGCAGACGCUUAUGAGCCUCGCUAGCGUACAGCAGCAAUGUGGGGAACGGAUGACUGCGGAGGCGCAUAGGCUGCUCAAGAACCUGCUCGAUAAGCCCCAGGAAUGGAUGGACCAUUAUCGCUCCAGCGCGGGGGCGUUCAUCAUGCUUACGACGUAUGGGACUGAGCCUGGCAAGGAGCAAGAUGCGCUUAUCGCAGAAGCGAAGGAGGUGGUCGAACGGUUUUCUGUCGCGGCGACGCCGGGUAACUGGAUCGUUGACUUUAUCCCUAUUUUGAAAUAUGUCCCGGCUUGGGUGCCCGGGUUCCGGUUCAACGCUACAGGGAAAACCUGGCGCAGCCAGCUUGAGCAUCUAGUCCACUCGCCAUUCAACAAAGUGAAGACACUGAUGGAAAAACACGCCGCCCCGCCAUCGCUCGCCGCUAACUUCCUGGAAUCCAACCCGGCCCAGAACGAGGAGCUCAUCCGCUGGCUCUGCGGGUCCCUCUUCGCCGCCGGGGCGGAUACGACCGUUGGCGCGCUCGCCUCUUUCACACUGGCGAUGACGAAGUUCCCUUUGGCGCAGCGGGCCGCACAGGCAGAGCUGGACCGCGUCGUUGGGAGGGACAGGCUGCCCGUGUUUGCCGAUUUUGAGCAUAUGCCGUACCUUCAUGCGCUGGUUAAAGAGGUUCUGAGAUGGGGGAUAAUCGUCCCUAUGGGCUUCCCGCACCGGCUUUCCUCACCUGAACAGGAUACGUAUGACGGAUACCGGAUCCCGGCUGGCGCGCUGCUCUUACCGAACGCAUGGGCGAUGUCCCGCGACACGGGGGUGUACGGGGCAGACGUAGAGGUCUUUCGGCCCGAACGGUACUUGGAGAUGAAGGAACUGCAGGGGAUGGCGUAUGGGAUGGCGUAUGGAAGUCCGGUCUUCGGGUUCGGCGGACGGGUGUGCUUGGGACAGCAUGUAGCGUACGCGACGCUCCUUGUCCAGAUCGCCAGUAUUCUCGCGGCAUUCGAUAUCUCCCCUCCGGUGGGGAAGGACGGGAAACUGGCUGUGCCGGGCGAAGUGGGAUUCUCCAGCGGGGUCGUCUCGCAUCCGGAGCAUUUCGAGACGGUCAUACGGCCUAGGUCGGCUGAGGCGAAGGAGCUUGUCCAGGCGGCGAACGCCUUUGAGUGAGCUUACUUUCCACAUUUCUGUCAGGUUUGGGUGCACGGUGGAAGGACGUAUUCGGUUUAUGCAGUCAAUGGAUACAGGUUCUUUGAAUCUUUUACAACAAGGUCGUAAAUUCGUGCAGUCAUAAUUCCGUAUCAUACCCUGGCCCAUAGAUCCCCUCCUUCCUACCUCCCGGUACCCAAUCGCAUCACUCAAUCCUCAUCCUCCUCCAGCACACUAGCCUUCACAUGUACAUGCUCGAUACCUCUCUCCGGCAACCUCUCUGCCUCUCUAAGGACAUCCGCUACCGUCGCUCCCCGCUCGACAGUAACGAGCAACCCGUGUUUCCUCACUCUUCCAUCCCCUAAUUUCUCAUACGGGCCCUGUCCCCCAGUUGGGUAGAGCCAGAAAGCAACCCCUCCCCGUAGCACCUGUUCUUCUCUAGGCCGGGUAUGUAGCUCGUGUGCUACGUGACCCGAGUGUAGGAGGUAGCGCGCAAGUGCGCCCAGGGAGGGCUCGGCGGUGCUGAUCUCGUCCAGUGCGGAGGCGGCGAGGAGGGACUCGAGGAUGAGCCCGGAUUGGGCGAGGUUGUAUGGGAAUGACCUGGAUGCUAGGGGGCGGGAGGACAUCAUGCGCUUGGUUGGGUGUAUAGUGUUUUCCGUAGGAGAGGUUA